UGCCGGCGUUCUCGCGAGAACUGAUAUGCGAGACUUGGCACAAAAUGGCGGACGGUCCGAAAAUGUUGACAGCUGAACACUUGUUAUAAUUUUAACGUUUUCCGCCCAGGAGAAGGAAUAAUCCUCCUAGAAACUUCAACUACAAUCGCCGAGAAGAUAAUACUUUAAUUCGGUGCCAAAGAGUGCGUUGUCAGAGUUUUUGUUUCACCGAGACGGGUAAAUUCUGGACAGUCUUUGUCGCUUUUGCUAGCUUGGUGGCCGUCGACUGGCAAAGUUCGACCAAGUUCACGUUCAAGGUUGCGUUCUUUCUACUGAAGAACAUAGGCUGUUAUGGAAGGGCAGGCACAAGCGGAGUUCACUGUAGAAAAUAUAGAGAGGGCGCUCCACCAGCUGUAUUUCGACCCCAACGUGUCGGUGAAAGAUGCAGCUCAGAAAUGGCUGAUGGCUGCACAGGUGUCUCCUCAGGCCUGGCAGUUCUGCUGGGUGCUACUGCAGAAGGACAAGGCGGCUGAAGUACAGUUCUUUGGAGCCAACGCCCUGUAUGUCAAAAUAUCCCACCACUGGACGGAGCUGCCUGCCGACCACUAUGCCAACCUGCGGACCCAGCUGUUCCAGCAGAUACUGGCCUUCGCUGGGGGUCCCCGGAUGGUCCUUACUAGGCUAUGUGUCGCUCUGUCAGCGUUUGCCCUGAACACCAUGCCUGAGGUGUGGCCUGAAGCAGUGAAGGGGAUCGUGGACACAUUCCAACAGGCCAGCGGCUCGGAGAUUACGCCCUCCCAGAGAUGUGGUGCUCUCCUGGAGCUGCUGACUGUACUUCCAGAACAGGACACGUGCAAUGGUUUGUGCAGGCUAGCAGUGGCAAUAGGUGAGAACCACAGUAAGGUCUUACUGGAGAGUUCAGGGGAACACAAGCAGAACUCACUGGAACUCAUCAAAAUCAUCAUGAUGUGCACAGGCCUUCCCGGCAGGUAUCCGGUAGAUGAGACAGCCAGUGACAUGACCUUCAGCUUCUGGUACAUCUUACAGGAUGACAUGAUAGCCUCGGAGCCCCAGGUUUUCCAGGAGCACUGUGCCUACUUCAUCCCCCUGUACAUGAACCUGGUGGAGAUCAUGCUGAUUAAGGUGCAGUACCCGCCGGACUCCGAGUACGCCUCGUGGACCGCAGAGGAGAAGGAACAGUUUCGCUGUUACAGACAGGACAUCGCAGACACACUGGUUUACGCCUUUAACCUGUUGCGAGACUCUCUGCUGAACUUCCUGUUCGCCAUGCUGAGCACCAUCCUGCAGCAGGACACCAAACAGCAGGAGGAGACCUGGCAGCCUACAGAAGGCUGUCUGCAUGCGUUCCUGUCCAUCGGAGAGAGUGUGGACCCAGAGGAGUGCAGUGACCAGUGUAUCCUCAACAUGUUCAACCUCAUCCCUAAAGUCCCCAUCACACAUGUCAGGCUGGCAGAGACUACUCUAUACACAAUAGGAGCCUAUGCUGAGUGGUUAAACAGCCAUCCUGAGCUGCUCGGCGGCCUGAUUCCCCUCAUCCUGUCUGGGUUCAGUAACCCCGACUUGACCUUGUCAUCAACUCUGACCUUGAAGGAUGUGGCUCAAGAGUGUGCCAAAAACAUGCAGCCCUACGCUAACGAUGUCUUAUCAGCCUGCCAGAAUGCAUUGACAGGAAAUGUUAUGAAGGCCAAAGACAGUAUCCGGCUGAUGCACGCCGUGGGCAGUCUGCUGUCAGUGUUACCUGUACAGGACAUCCUCAACUAUCUACACGCCAUCCUGGGGCCGCAUGUGCAGCAGCUAGAGGCAUCGCUCAACGAACAGCCCUCAGCCUCCAGUAAGGCCAUCGUUGUGCAGAAGCUCAACAUGCUGUCGAUGCUGUUCUCAGCGCUGGACAUCAGGAGACCUGAGAGUGAGGAAGCUGAGAAACGACAGCCCAAACCUCGUGCAGACGAGCCACAACCGGUCUUGUUGGUACUGCAGCAGGUGUACCCUAUAGUGCAGAGACUAGUGUCCCAGUGGAUCGCUGACACAGGAGUCAUAGAGGCCGUGUGUGAGAUGUUCAAGCGAGCGGUGCGGACUCUCCAGGACGAGAUAGCUCCGAUGACCACCCAGCUGUCUGAGCUGCUGGUACAGGUGUACAAUGCCAUCCCACAGAGCGCUGUGCUAGACAUGGCCAAACAGUUGCUGACCCUGUUCCACAGUUCGGAGUCGCUCGCAGCCACCAUGCAGUCUCUAUUCUUACAGCUCACCAGCCGGACUGUCUCACUCUUCCAGCAGGGUAUCAGGGAACACCCCGACCUGGUGGAGGGUUUCAUGAGUCUGGCGGGCUCCAUGCUGAAGAGAUGCCCAGCAGUCUUAUUCCAAGAAAACAGCAAUCCUGAAGCUCUGUUCCAGUGUGGGUUGAUGGCGCUGUCCUUCCCAGAGAGUCAUGUGGUCAAGGCAACCUGCAUCUUUUUCGCUGAGCUGAUUGGCCAGAGUGCCUCCAAUCCGCUGGUCCUACAGGUGGUCACCCAACAUGGUCGCAUGCUGCUCGAGGUUGUACUGAAAGCGAUCGGCGGUGACGCUCCGCGGUCGGUGACCGACAACAUGGCUGACAUCCUGAUGGCUCUGAACAAGAACUGCUUCCAGCAGACCUGCACCUGGAUGGGCGAGGUCAUGAAGGUGGAGGGGUUUCCUUCACAGCUGGUCAACGCUCAGCAGAAGGAACAGUUCGCAAGGAACGUGCUCAAGGAGCGCGUGAACAAGCGUAAGAUGAAGGAAACAGUUAAGGAUUUCUCCCUGCUGUGCCGCGGGCUGUACGGGACGGAGUACGCCGCGGAGACGGAGUUCGAGCUAUGACAGUGGGUGUGUGCAAACGCAGAGUCGGACUGAGAACGGGGAAGGCGUGGCAAAAACCUAAUCUCCAAGCAGAUCCUACGGUAGCAUAAGUUCAGUUCAGUUCAUCCCCAGAGAGGUGACACCAUCGUCUCCACAUGUCCCUGUAGCAUAAGAUAGUAUCAAAAGCUGCCAGAGGAAAUGAAAUGAAAUGAAAGGAGUGAAGCCGGCCUAGGAGUGUGUUUCGCUACGGGGAAAUGUACACCCCUUGGCUGACUAUCUCCUGGCCAGUUUGGCACUAUUUUAUGCCAUUGUAGGAUCUGCUUGGAGAUUAGAAAGUAGGUGUGAAUUGUCUUUCUCGGGGGAACAAUCUCGAGUCGAGCAAUCUCCAAGCAGAUCUUGCGGUGGCAUAAGAUAGUAUCAAAAGUUGCCAGAGCAGUGAAGCCGGCCUAGGAGUUUGUUUCGCUACCGGGAAAUGAACACCUCUUGGCUGACUACACUCCUUGACCAGUUUGGUACGAAUUCUUAUGCCAUCGUAGGAUCUGCUUGGAGAGUAGCGAAGACCCCCUCUCCACUAGACUGUGAUAACUGAGCGACUGUACAGGGACCAAAAGUGGAGUUCUUGUAAGGCCCCUUUCCGCUAGACAGUCAAAGAUGGCACUUCUCUCUCACUGUGACCUGAAACUGAUGUGUGUAACCUUCGAUUUCAUACCUGGUAAUUAUUUUUUAUCAUAGAUAGUUUUAUUGCACAACAGUUGUACGGGGUACAAAGUAUGGCAUCUACAUAACUACAGUUCUAUAACUUAACGCUUAUCUAACUAAUACAGAAGUUGUACGCUUAUCAAACUAAAUACAGAAGUUGUAGUAUGGGAUAAGUUCUUACAGUUAUUGGAGGCUUUACAAUCAUUGGAGGAAUUUCUAAGGUCUAAACCUUCUUUAUCAUCUAAAAUGUGUGACUGAAAACACACCCAAAGUGUGAAAAUGAAAAGAUUUGCAGUUUACGUUAAAUUCUAGGUGGUAGAGAAAGCACUGUGAGAGCGCCGUCCUAGUGGAAAGGGGGUACUAGUAUUACCCUAAUUGCUUUCAUGAUCAAAAUAUGGUACGAUUUAAGACAGCAAAACCCCUUCAAAUUUGUUCUGUAAUCAUGGUGAAAUUGGUUGAAAAAUGUGUAAAAUGUUUGGUCCCUCAGCUGUUGCACUGCCUCUAGUGGGAAGGGGGCGUAAGGGUAGCCUCCAAGCAGAUGUAAGGAUGUGGCUCGCGCUUAACGUUUUACAACUGUUUUUGUAAUGUUUAGUAUCAUGUCAUUCUUACAUCACAUUGUCUUGAUUCGUCACAUACUAUGCUUGAGAGCACAGUACUGGAAAUGUUGCUGAAGCAGGUGUAUAUAAAGCACCGAGACUUUGCUCCAUACAUCUGCUUGGAGAUUCGUUUGUGGGCUGAUCCAUUUUGUAAGGGGUGUUCCAUAUGUAGGAUUUUGGCAGCAAAACUGGGAAAUUCAAUCUAUAUUGAAUCAUUUUCAUUAUUAUUUCAUAUUUUUAGUGUUUUCAAACAGUAUUGAGGUCAAUGUCAAGUAACCAAAAAUCACAGCUUUCGUACACCUCAAUAUUAUAUUCUCUAGACUUGUUUUGCACAGUUUGAUUCUGCUAUGUAAUGUAAAUAAUUGACAAAUAUUGUCAAAAAUUUCAUUUGCUUUUACUGAAGGGGUAAUGAGAAAAAGAAUGUGACUUAGUGCAAUUUGAAAAGUUUCACUUUUAAGAUCUCUUACUUUAAGAAAAAAAUUCUACAAAUGCCUCCCCGUACUGAAAAUGGAACAGCCCAAGUCUACAUAGAUGUGGAAUAAAUUUCAAACUGUGUGUUGUCUUGACGUUGUCAUGGUAACAGCCAUUUCUGGCUGGUGAUUGGUCGACUGUGAGGAGGUGCAGUCCUCUGAUGUCUGUUUUUGCACCAAUUAGAAAUCUCUCUGUCACAUACGUCCUUAUAGAGUAACUCAAAAUAUCAACUUAAGCCACUUUUAGUCUUCAAGCUAGACUUGGACUUGCUAAAAAUGCUGGGAAGAGUUUUUGGCACAACUUUCUUCAACAAAUGAAACAAGACAGUGAUAUUCUCGUAUACCAAAGUCCCACCCGACCACUAGUCAUUGUAAAUCGUUAAAACUUUGUUGAUCUUAUUAAACCAAAAGCUUGGCCUGGUCCAAAAUCUGUUUUAAGUCCUUACCAGAUAGUCCUCAGAAUCACACUAAAUCUUUCAGGUAGACAAUUAUUCUUGAAAACACAACCUGACCCUACACACACUUGUCAAUGAGAUUUUUCAUGUUUAGUACAUUCAAGUAGUUACAUGUUUCAGCCCAUACCAAUCACUUUUUGGGUCCGUGGACAUUUUAAAGUAAAAUAUAUCUGGCUAUGUUCUUUUCUUAACUUGAUCUUCUAGUUCAGAAUUAUUUCUCUUUAAGUCCAAGAACCAGGAAAUAAGAUUGUUGUGUGGCUCGGAGAGAGAGCCCUUAAACUAAAUGAAAAUUCGAUGUGGCCUUUUUAGAUUUGAUGAAGAUGUAGCAAUCAGUGGAAUCAAAAUGUAGCGAUCAUCACAUGAUACAUCAUCCAUCCAUUACUCCAUGGACCCUCCCUUCUCAAGACACUUUUAAUAAGAAAGUAAAUUAAAGUAGAGAGUGAAUGUGUGGUCACUGUUAAGACUCCUAAAGACUUCGUAAAAGCCUUUAAGAAUGGAGCUGAGGUCUUCAAGUAAACUUAGUGAAUGCAGUAGGAGCUUUUUAAAAGCAGUUUCUGUUAGAAUGUGAAUUGUGACAAAAUGGUCAUGAUAAUUAUAUCUCAAUCGUUAUUGUUAAUCAACUUAAUGUAUCACCAAAGUUCAUUAGAGCUCAAAGCCAUUAAUUAGACCUUGACAAGAAUAUUGCUAUGCUAGCAUGAAAUAAUGUGGAAUCCGUCAGACCAGAUUCGGUUUGUCAUUUUUAUGUGCAACAGUUACGUCUCCAAGCAGAUACAUGGGGUGUAACUUUCAAGUUAUGUUGUAAUAAAAUAGGACAUUUUUAAAAAACCUGACAUCCCCCGAGUAUCUGCUUGAAAAUGUUUUUAGACCCUUAAAGGGAUGUAUGAAUCAUAUACCAUAAUGAUAUCUAGCCCUGUACAUAAUGUAUAAGGUAAAACAGGGUACAUUCCUUAUCAUGACUGUUUGUCAGCAAUAAGUGAAUUAUGAAAAGAAAUUAUAGCUUUUAUUAUGUAUUUUCUUCGUUAAGAAAAUUGUUCAGAAAUAAGUAAAUCUUCUUAUCUGCCAACUCUGCAGUUAAGGGGUUGAAAUAAGAUCCUGGCUGUGUAACGCUAGUUCACCUUUAUUCCAUGGGGGUAACCUAUAUCCGUUGUUUUUAGAAACAGAGUAAUUAGGGAUACCAAGUUGAUGGGAGGUGGUUUCAAUUUGCCAUAUUUUAAACAUUUUGCAGUUUGAAACCACCAUCCGUCAACGUGAUAGCCCUAAAUACUCAGUUUUUAAAAACAAGCGGAUAUAGGUUACCCUGCGGAUAAAGGUGAACUAGUGUAAUAAGAAAACUGUAGUAUCAUAUUUGAUUUACCAACUUUAUAGAACUGUUCAUGGAUACAUCUGUGUAUAAUGUGCCAUGUUAAAUAAUGCUAAAUAAUCUGGGCAUUGCACUAAGAAGGCCGCGUAGGUUCUUAAGUAGUUGUGCCUGUAUAAGAACUCGAUCACAAGGAAUCGUCUUAGAAACGUCCCUCUUACUCUUAAGCCAGUGACUUGCAGCAAAGAAUGGUCUCAAAUUACAACCUUUUUCUUAUAACAAUCAUAUUAUGUCAAUCGUAACUGAGAACCAAAAAGUAACGGUGCUGAAAGUUUUACAGCAGUGAAGUAAAAAUUUCAUGAUGUUUUAGAAAUAAAGCUCAGUACAGCUC